AUGCUCAUCUUUCUUCUUCUGUCAUUAACAGUUGUCGGCCUUAAUGGAAAUAUUAUUCCUGAUCAAAAUGGUCGGUCAGCAGCAGUAACAAAAAAAAUAACGGCAUGUCAAAACUGGUAUAAUGCUGAGCCACAUCCAUCAAUAUUUUUGGAACAAACACGUAAAUGUCCAUGUCGUGUACCUGCAAACUUUCCACAAGAUCUUAAUGAUGGUUCUAAAACAUGGAAAACCGAUUCGGGAUGUGCAGCAAGUAGCCAUCCAAAUACAUGCAGUUAUCACAAAGGUGCACAUGGAUGUUACCGAUUUGGAUAUAAAACUACGGGACCUGGUGCUCAAUGUUGUUAUGACAAAGAAGGUAUUUGGAUGAAUGAUCCACAUAAAGGUGCUGGUACAUUGGAUCGUGAACGAGCUCCAGACAACAUCUUAAAUUUAUUUCAAUGGAGCGCACACAACAAACAUGAUGUAAUACCAUGGGAAAAUUGUUGUAAAGAUCUAGCUGUACCAAGAGACGUUUGUCAACUUUAUUUUGACAAACGACCACCAGGUGAAUGCGAAUAUUAUUCAUUUUAA